UAUUUGUGCAGGCUGCGCUUCUCUAUGGUAACCAGCGCAAGGAAAGCUUCCGGGUCGCGUCGGAGGAAAGGAAAUGCUCUCCAUUUCCCUUCCGGGUCGCGCUCCAGGUGGAAGAAGCAGCAUGGAGGCGAAGGCCGGGCUUGGUUCAGACGCGGCGCUGAGGCGAAAGCGGCCUCGGAAGGGAAAGAAGGGGCGCGGAGGGGGCAUGGAGCCCGAAGACGGCUGCGAAGGAGAGGCAGCGGCUGCCGAGGAAGGCCUCCGGGCGCAGCACUUGGCCCUUCUGGCGGGGAAGCCGGCGGCGGAGCGGGGCCUGGAGGAGCUGGUGUUCGGGGACGCCGGCGAAGGAGCCGCCUUGGUGCGAAGGUUGCGGGGCCCUCGCCCCCAGGUUACUGAUGUACUCAGUGGAAACUUUCUGGAAGGUGAAUCAGAGGAUUCAGAAGAGGAAAAUGAAUCGGAGGACAACUCUAUUCCAUCAAAAAAGCCAGCAUGGAUAGAUGAGGAUGAUGAAACUGAGGAAAUAAUUGAUAUGACCCAUCGAUACCGAAAAAACAUGAUGAAAAGUGAUGCAGAAAGGAAACUUACAAAAGAAAAACUUCAAAGACGACUUGAAGAACAAUUUCAGAGUGCUAUGGGAACAACUCCUUCUUGGGCACAGAGGGGCAUGAAAAAGAAGUUAAGAAAAACAAAACAUGAAGAUGACAGUGAGGAUGAAGGUGAUGAUGAUUUGUUAUGCAAGACAGGCAAUUUUCUGGCAACGUCGGACUCUUUACCAAAAGGCAUUUUACAGAUGAAAAACUGUUUGCAUGCUAAUAAUGAACGCCAGUCAGAUGUCAGACUUUCAACUGUGCAGUUCCAUCCUUCUGCUCAAGUUGUUAUGACUGCUGGGUUUGAUCGGUCUUUAUCUUUGUUCCAGGUGGAUGCGAUCACUAAUCCAAAAAUACAGAGCAUACAUUUGGAAAGCUUUCCAAUCUACAAGGCAUGUUUCAGUGCAGAUGGAGAGCAGGUUAUAGCCACUAGUACUUACAAUAAACUGUUCUAUAUAUAUGACAUGAUGGGGGGAAAGAUUAUUCCUAUAAACCAUAUCAGAGGUUUAGAGGAGAAGAUUGUCAGAAAAUUUGAAGUAUCUCCAGAUGGGAAAUUCUUACUUGUUAGUGGGACAUCAGGCUAUUUGCAUUUGAUAACAAUGAAGACAAAGGAGUUUGUUGGAAGCAUGAAAAUUAAUGGGAAGGCAAUUGCAUCAACCUACUCUCCUGAUGGGACUAAAAUCUACACCCAUUCUGCUGAGGGUGAAGUCUUCAUAUGGGAUGUGAAAAGCAGGCGGUGCCUGAACAAGUUUACUGAUGAAGGUUGUUUGCGUGGUACGUCUAUUGCUGUCUCCAAAAACAGCCAGUAUGUGGCAUGUGGUUCCAGUUCUGGAGUUGUGAAUAUGUAUUCCCAUGAUGAUUGUCUAAGACAAACCAGUCCUAAACCUCUUAAAGCUAUAAUGAAUUUGAUUACACCUGCUACUUCAUUAGUCUUCAAUCCCACCACUGAAAUUCUGGCAAUGGCUUCAAAUAAAGUUGAUGAAGCUGUAAAACUGGUCCACAUUCUUCAUACAGUAUUCUCAAAUUUUCGGGGUACAGAAGCAAACAGAUAUAUUUGGCUAACUCCAUGGUUCCACCACGAAGUGGAUAUUUUUCCAUAG